UAGGGAUGGGUAGAGGAGAAAGAAGAAGAAAAAGUUGCUCAGACGAUGGUUCUUGCGUUGUGGUGCCGGAGGAAUUAUCAGAAAGUUGGUUGAUGGAAACAAAUGAUGGAAUUCAACGGCCAAUAUUGGAGAAAGAGGCAUUCACUGUCACUGAUCAUCAAAACCUUAGGAUGUUCGUGGGAACAUGGAAUGUUGGAGGCAAGUCACCACACGAUGGGUUGAACUUAGAGGACUGGUUGAAUUCCACUGCACCAGCUGACAUCUAUGUGCUUGGGUUCCAGGAAAUUGUCCCUCUAAAUGCAGGCAAUGUACUAGGUCCAGAGGACAGUGGUCCAGCUGCCAAGUGGCUUUCCUUGAUUCGUCAAGCUUUGAACAACAACACAAACACCCCAGAUCUUUCUCCUAAUUACAAUAACACCCCAAAUUCCGAGCGAAAAAGUUCAUCCCCGUCCUUCCAUGACUUGCACCAACAACAAUCUAACCUUAAACCAAGAAUCAGCUUCUCAGAUUUGAUCAAAUUGGAAAAUGAACUCGAGCGAGAAGAUUGGGAGAGACUCUUGAGUAUGAAUGACGAUGGAUCGUCCAGUCCAAAUUGCAUGUCAAAUAGAUAUAACUCUUCUAGCCUUGAGCAAAAUAGCUAUUGCUUAGCAGCAAGCAAACAAAUGGUUGGUUUGUUUCUAUGCAUAUGGACUCGUACCGAUUUGUAUCGACACAUUAGCAACUUGAAGGUUUCUUGUGUUGGAAGAGGCAUCAUGGGCUAUCUUGGAAAUAAGGGUUCGAUAUCGAUCAGUAUGACGUUGCAUCACAAGACAUUUUGUUUCGUUUGUACUCAUUUGGCAUCUGGAGAGAAAGAAGGUGAUGAGAUCAAAAGAAAUUCAGAUGUCAUGGAAAUUUUAAAGAAAACAAGGUUUUCACAUAGUAGGAUUAUUGGAAAACCUCUUCCUCCUGAUAACAUUUUGGAUCACGACAAGAUAAUUUGGCUUGGAGAUUUGAAUUACCGGCUUGCAUCCGGUUUUCAGGAUACAUACGAGUUGGUAAACAACAGUAACUGGGAAGCACUUCUAAAAAAAGAUCAGCUAAGGAUAGAGCAAAAAGCAGGACGUGUAUUCAAAGGUUGGAAAGAAGGAAAUAUUUACUUUGCUCCAACAUACAAAUACCUCUACAAUUCUGACCAUUAUGUUGUUCAAACUUGCACAUCAAAGGAAAAGCGAAGGACUCCUGCCUGGUGUGACAGGAUUUUAUGGAAAGGUGAAGGACUAAAGCAAAUAUGUUAUGUUAGAGGAGAAUCAAAGUUCUCAGAUCACAGACCAGUCUACUCACUUUUCUCAGUAAAUAAUUUAACAGAAAGGUACCAAAGUGAAAAAGAAUAUUUCACUACCCUUUAGUCCAAAAGCCAAAAAUUCUUCAACAAAUACAGCAGCAGGGGAAGGCCACAAAGUUUGUGUACAGCACUAUAACGUUUCUCAGUCACAACUGAUAAUAGGACAGACCAAUAGGGGAAGCCCGGCUGUAGAUUUCUGACCAAUGACAGUCUGACACCUCGCCCGGCCAAUUUUGACGGUUUUGGACAUUGUGCAUAGGAUUACAAAUCACAGGCGGGUCACGGCACACUUGGUGACAGGCGUACUGGGUUGUUGACACGUGGUUAAUUGGUUCUUGGCAUUGGUUGAAAAAGAUUUGAGUCUUAGAUUUUGAUUUGGUUUUCUAGAUAUGAAGCUCAGCGUUUGCAGGAAAUUUUCCCCUUCUCUAUAUUUCUUAUGUUUGUCUUUAUGGUCCUUACGCCUGUGGCAAUGUAAAGAGGAGUUCCAUAGAAUGGUUGAGGAACCUGAGGGAAGAUGUGUAUCUAGCCUCGUCAAUUUUGUUAGCUCAAUAUUUUUUUGUUCGUUAAAUGGAAAUCUCGUCACUUUUUUUGUUA